CUUGUUAUUUCUAUUCAAAAUGACGCAAAAUUCAAGCCAGGGAAGCCAAAAGUCAAUCUUUCAACAGAAAGAUCUGGAAAAGUCUCACGAUCUUCUCGCAUGCACAAUUAAGGAGCCACCAUUCUCAUAUGUACACCUGCAGCUUGUCAGCCUCAGCGGCUCAUCAUCUGUCACACUUGACAACCUUUCGCUAAAGAGCUACUGCACAACUGCACUUCGACGAUGUCUGGGGAUGGUAGGAACUGCAAUUUCUAUGGAUAUACUCAAAAUCGAAGCCGACCAUGCCUGGGUCCGUAUUCCAAGACCAGACCUUGGCUCCUUUGCGACGGCAAUCACAGCAUGGCAAGGCACAACCGAUGAUGGCGAGCAAGUAAGCCUACAACUACGACAAUGCUCAGACUGGCUAGGCGCCAUGGUUGGAGCGGACGGACAAGAUCGACUAUGGAAUGCUUGAAGAGUGGCAUUUUGUCAUAUUUAUCAUCAUCCAACUGGAACCUCAUUUUAUCAUCUCAUCUAUCCGUAGAUGGGGGUAUAAAUGUAUGCAUGUACAUCGCCCAUCGGCCUACCCUGCAAAUGCACCGUUUCCAGACGCCCGGGACCUGAAUACAUCGUAAAAUCGCCGCCAGUUUCGCUUUCUAAAGGCUCUCGGUUUUUUCUACAUCAGAGAA